AUUAGUUGGGUCGCCAUUGUUGUGGUUUUGUAAUAUUUGCUAUUAGAACCCAAUAAUAUCAAAAACCAAGUUAAUUAUCCAGAUUUUCGGCUGAUUAGAAUUGAAAAUGUUCAAUUGUUUUAUACCCUAAGAUGUUGUUAACAGUUGUUUCCCAUAAAUAUCUUUACAGCAUUCAAUACUGAACUCUAUGUAUGGAGAAUGUUUUCAGGCAUCUAAAAAAUAAAAAUUAAUUAAAAAUAAUUAUAUUAACAAGGGAACACUUAAGUUUUAGUGUCUUUGUUCACUGAACUACUUAGUGUAAUAUGUUCCUGUAGGCCAAUUAUUUAAGGUCAUAGAUCUAUCGCGCUGUGUACAUAAAGCUAAACAAAAUGAAUAACUUAUUUGAUCACGAGGAUGAAAGCAGUUGGUACUUUGGUGCCAUCAACAGGCAGGAGGCUCAAGACCUUCUUAUGGCGGAAAAGGAAGGAGGGGUGUUUUUAGUUAGGGAUAGUACAACUUCCGUGGGCGACUUCGUAUUAUGUGUAAAGGAAGACAGUAAAGUUAGUCAUUAUAUUAUUAAUAAAAUGCAGAGUAAUGAUCAGACGAAUUUUCGUAUUGGGGAUCAAUAUUUUAAAAGUUUAACAGAACUAGUAUCUUUCUACAAGCUUCAUUACUUAGAUACCACACCUCUUAUCAGGCCAGCAAAGAAAAAAUUGGAAAAAGUCAUUGCUAAAUAUGAUUUUGAGAGUAACGAGAAGGACGACUUAAGUUUUAAAAAAGGUGAUAUUUUAACAGUGCUGUUUAAAGAGGAAGAACAGUGGUGGAGGGCAAAAGAUAAAAACGGCAGAGAAGGGUGUAUACCCGUUCCGUAUGUUCAAAAGCUUGAAGAAAGUUCUUCACCGGUUGAUGCUUCAACAAGACUUCCAGAGGGACCAGUCAGUAGCAUUCCUGAGUCGAAACCUAAACCCAAACCGCGGAAACUACCAGCAAAAGCCCGAGUUAAACAAGUGAGAGUACCAAAUGCUUAUGACGACACUGCAUUGAAGCUAGAAGUCGGCGACAUUAUCAUAGUAACGAAGACCAACAUUAAUGGACAGUGGGAAGGUGAACUAAAUGGUAAAGUUGGAUAUUUCCCUUUUACACAUGUAGAAUUCUUAGAUGACGAUAGUGGGAGUUAGUAAUUCUAUGGCAGGCUGUACAAUGGUUGUUUCACUCUUGUAAUCCUGUAAUUAAUCUAUAGCUUUCUGCGUAUAUACAGACAGUUCUAAUAUACGACUAAUUGAAAUCGUGAACAUAUUGUACACAUAUACAUUAUUUGAAACUUGUCACCAUCACGGAAGACUGCAUGCAAUGUCCAUUAUCUUAACUGUGAGCAAAAGACUGCUGGUGAAGUACUUACUGAUUGGUUCAGUAUCAUUAUGCGACCAGCUACUUACUUCAAUUUUUACUCAAAUAAUUAAAUUUCGGCAUCGAAUGUGUUAAAUAAUAUUUCUUGCAGAUUUUAUGAUCUAAGGCGGUAUCAUGCACUUACUUUUACAUAAUAAAUGCGAUAUGAUUCAUAUAAAUACGCACUUUUUACAAGUUACUUAAAAUAAUUUCGAAUAUUUAUGAAUCGAUCAUAUAACCUUUAGAAAAAGCUGCUUAAAUUGAUUCACGUUGGGUGACAAGUGGUCUAAACAUAAUAAAUUAUUGCUUAGAACAGCUACGACGUUAUUAAAUAUGCUUGUAUUAUAAAAUUUUAUGCAAUUAUUCUAGUCGAAGCAAAUUAUCAUAUUUGUAUAAGCUGAGUGAAAUAACUGACUGCCAUGGUGAAAAUAAGUUUUGGAGAAUUUGUAUUAUAUUGUUGAUGAUGUCAUAAAUACUCAGAUACGAAAGAAAAGUUUUAAAAUAAACUGUCCCAAGCACAUGUGAAGAUUAACAAUUUAAUUACUUAAUUGUUUUUAAAUUUAUAUUUUAACUGUACAUUAAUCAUUUGUAAUUUUGAGCGUACUAAGUAGUAUUUGAUGAUUUAUAGUAUUGCGAUCAAUUUUACUGAAAUUCAGUUUUCCCCUGAUGUUUUUGUGCUGUGAAGUAUUUUAAAUUUGGGAACACUGGCCUACAUAUAUAUCGUUUAUUCUAAAAUUGGUAAAUUUAAUUACCAUCUAUAGUUGGGAUUUCAGAUACUUGCUAUUGUAUUUACAUAUGCCUCGAAUUCACUUUAUUUAAUACUAACAACGUCCCAGGUAUUCAAUUAUUUAUGAAAUUUUAUGUAUAUUUGCGCAGUUAUAUUGUAAACAUGUAUUUUUAAGUACAUAUCAUAUUUUACUAUUUUUUCAUCAUGUUUUAUGCGUAUACAUAAUAGAAUAUAUAUUUUAAACUAGUGUAUUAAGAAAUAUAGAAAUCUGUAUACGUUUUAUUGUGUAUUAUGCUAAAAACACAGUUAUUUACAUCUA